AUGGGGCACAUAUCUCAAAGGCUCACAUUCUGGAACGCGAUUCUCGCGGAGCGGGCCGACGCCUCGGAGCCGGAGCUCCUGCUCCACACGUUGCAACACUCGAAGAUGGCAUCGCUCGAGAGCUCUCACUUGGAGCUUCUCUCAGUCUUGAACAAAGCCGACUUGGCAGAGAAAUGGAGCUCCGACUGUGAUGAGUACAUGAACGAGCUCAGCGGUAUGGGUCUACAGCAACUGCUUCAAGAACCUCAACGUUUGCGCGAGGAGCACACCGCACUCGUCGACGCGACCCAGGAGCUGGCCUUCAACAAUUACAAAACCUUCGUUCAAACCGCUACGUGCAGCAGAGACAUUUACGCAAAGUUCCAGUCGGUUGCCCAGCGGCUGGAUUCCCUCAAACGAAAAUUGCCGGAAUGCUCGACCUCGUGCGAUGAGUUUUCCUCGAAAUGCGCUCAAAUCACCAAUCAUUGGAAACUCACCUCACAGACGUUGACAAAGCACAAGAAACUCGUCGAAAUUCUCGAAAUCCCUCAGCUCAUGGAGAGCUGCGUGAAGAACGGCAACUACGACGAGGCUCUCGAGUUAGCGUCUUACGUGAAGCGUCUCGAGCGACGUCACUCUCCGAUCCCGUUGGUCGCGGGCAUUGGUCACGACGUGCGCCAUUACCAACAGUACAUGCAAAGCCAGCUCCUGAGUCAAUUACGUGGCAAUAUCCAGCUGCCCGCGUGUUUGAAGGUGAUCGGUUACCUUCGUCGCAUGGAGCUCUACACUCAACAGGAACUGAAAGUGAAGUUCCUCGAAACCAGGGGUGCGUGGUUCGACUCGCUCUUGGCGGGUGCUGAAGGCCAAGACGCGCACACGAAGCUCAGCCGCGUGAUGGAGCUCUGUCGAGUGCACUUGUUCGACAUCAUCACUCAGUACAAAGCGAUCUUCCCUCCUGACGAGAACGCGCAGGACGUUUGCAUUUUCCAGGGCUGGAUUGUCGGGAAAAUCGAAUAUUUCCUCUCGAACCUCAGGAUGUGUCUGACGGAAGACGAGGAAUGCCGUCUCGAUGUUCUGAUGUCUCAGUGCAUGUACUUCGGACUCUCGUUCAGUCGGGUGGGCGUCGAUUUCCGGCCCUUGUUGGUCCCUAUUUUCGAGGGAGCUCUGGUGCAGCGAUGCGAAAACCAUUUCUCGAAAGGCUACCCGCAGUGUCUCCAGCUGCUGCAGACAUUCGAUUUGUCGACCAUGCGCCAAUCUAGUCUUCCGUCCGCCGAGACGGAACCCCCGAACAGCGCACCCCAGAGCCUCCUCGAGGCGUAUCCUCUCGCCGUGUAUUGUAAUUCUGUGUUGAAUGUUUUUGGCGAACUCCGGGUGUGCUGUCUCGUACCGACAAUGUGUCGCAUCGCGAGCACGAUCAAUCAGCAAUUAAAGACGAUAGCCCAAUCGAUUAGAGCCCUGCAUACAGAAUCUCUCUCUGAAACAGAUAGAAGAUCUUUCCUGCGACUGACGGAGAUCUUCGCAACGGACCUAGUGAACUUCAUAGCGAGAACACUGGACACGAUGAUUCCAUUGGCGGCGGUCGCCAAAAUAGUCGGCUGUUCUCUACCACAGGUGGAACGCCUGACAUCGAUUCGUAUCAAUGUUGCGGAGGUGACGAAGAGCUUGGCGGAAUUCGUUUUCGCACACGAGGAAGUCCUCGAACAGUCAAUGACGAGAGCGGACGUCGAAUUCGCAACGGCAGGCGAAGGUGAGGGCGACACCUCUCCGAUCGCGAUCGGAUCGACCGGGGAAAGCGAAGCAGAUCAAAACCAAACCAUCCUAGGUAUCGAGUAGGGCCGAAUAAAGAAUGA